AUGGCGACAAAGCGAAAGGCGUCGGCCUUGACUGCCGCUGUUGACGAAGAGCCGGUCGAUCCGUCAGACGAGGUGGCUUUUUACUGCCUGGGGGGUGGAAAUGAAGUCGGUCGCUCAUGUCACAUCAUCCAGUAUAAAGGAAAGACAGUCAUGCUUGACGCUGGCAUGCAUCCUGCGAAAGAAGGGUUCUCUGCACUUCCAUUCUUUGACGAGUUUGACUUGAGCACGGUUGAUAUUUUGUUGAUCAGUCACUUUCACGUCGACCAUUCCUCUGCGCUGCCUUACGUUCUCAGCAAGACAAAUUUCAAAGGACGAGUUUUCAUGACACACGCGACGAAAGCCAUAUACAAGUGGCUUAUCCAGGACAAUGUACGAGUCAGCAAUACCGCCUCGUCUUCAGAUCAGCGCACUACCCUGUACACGGAACAUGAUCAUCUUUCUACGCUUCCACUGAUCGAAACAAUUGAUUUCAACACAACCCAUACUAUCAACAGUAUACGCAUUACUCCAUUCCCCGCUGGCCACGUCCUUGGUGCUGCCAUGUUCUUGGUUUCGAUAGCUGGUCUGAACAUUCUUUUCACAGGAGACUAUUCCCGGGAGGAAGACCGACAUCUUAUCCCAGCUGAGGUUCCGAAAGGCAUAAAGAUUGAUGUGCUGAUCACAGAGUCAACGUUUGGAAUUUCGUCAAACCCACCACGCUUGGAGCGGGAGGCGGCUCUCAUGAAAUCAAUAACGGGAGUGCUGAAUCGUGGCGGCAGAGUCUUAAUGCCGGUAUUUGCCCUUGGCCGAGCCCAAGAGCUACUGCUUAUUUUGGAUGAAUACUGGGAGACACACCCUGAACUACAAAAGGUGCCCAUUUAUUACAUUGGAAAUACCGCACGAAGAUGCAUGGUGGUAUACCAGACUUAUAUCGGUGCGAUGAAUGAUAAUAUCAAGCGACUCUUCCGACAACGUAUGGCAGAAGCGGAAGCCAGUGGCGAUAAAAGUGUCAGUGUAGGCCCUUGGGACUUCAAAUAUGUCAGAAGCUUGCGAAGUCUUGAACGCUUCGAUGAUGUAGGGGGAUGUGUUAUGUUGGCUUCACCUGGUAUGCUUCAGACCGGAACCAGCAGGGAACUGCUGGAGCGGUGGGCUCCAAAUGAGCGUAAUGGAGUUGUCAUGACAGGUUACAGCGUUGAGGGUACUAUGGCAAAGCAGCUCUUAAACGAACCCGAACAAAUUCCUGCGGUAAUGUCACGAGCAGCAGCUGGCCCGGCGAGGAGAGCAGUUGCUGGCACCGACGAGGAGCAAAAAGUGAUGAUACCGAGAAGGUGUACUGUUGACGAAGUCAGCUUUGCUGCUCAUGUGGAUGGAGUCGAGAAUCGCAACUUUAUCGAGGAAGUCGCUGCGCCUGUUGUGAUCCUUGUGCACGGCGAAAAGCACCAAAUGAUGCGACUGAAGUCUAAACUACUCAGCCUUAAUGCAGACAAGACUGUGAAAGUAAAGGUCUACACACCAGCAAAUUGUGACGAAGUUCGAAUCCCAUUCAAAAAGGACAAAAUCGCGAAAGUCGUGGGCAAACUGGCCCAAAUUGCCCCUUCCUCUAAUGAAGAUGACAGUAGCCUCAUGUCGGGUGUCCUUGUUCAGAAUGGAUUUGACCUAUCAUUGAUGGCGCCGGAUGACCUUCGCGAGUAUGCUGGUUUAACGACAACAACCAUAACGUGCAAGCAACAUAUAACUCUCAGCUCUGCAAGUAUGGACUUGAUCAAGUGGGCACUAGAGGGCACCUUUGGUGCCAUAGAAGAAAUUGGUAGCCAGAAAGACAAUAGAAAGGAAGACUCAAUGGAUGACAGCCGUGAGGAUAAACAACAGCUAAAAGAAGAGCCUGCUGAUGAAGAGAUCCCAAUUGAAGAGAAAAAGAGUUAUCUUGUUAUGGGAUGUGUGAUUAUACGUUAUCACCCUCGCACUCGUGAAGUCGAGCUCGAGUGGGAAGGGAAUAUGAUGAAUGAUGGGGUCGCUGACGCCGUAAUGGCAGUACUCCUCACUGUUGAGAGUUGUCCUGCGUCCGUGAAGCAAUCUGCCAAGCAAGGCCAUAAUCACCGCCAUCACAAUAGCGAUUUGGUACUCCCCAACCCUCACUCCCACGUCGGACCAGAGGAGCGUUUCGCCCGUCUUUUGAUGAUGCUUGAAGCUCAAUUUGGUUCAAAUAUAUCCCCUGUUGAACGUCCACGUCUACCAAAUCGACCUUCUAACGGCGUUGCCAAAAAUGAAACUGAUUCCGGAGAGAAAACGGCGGAAGUAAAAGAGGAUGAAGAUGAUGAGGAAAUUGCGGAAGCCGAAGCUGCCGAGCUUGCUCGUCUCCAGGCUUUGGGAAUUCCAGUCCCUGGGCUAGAAAUUAAAGUCGACAAACAUGUGGCGCGUGUGUGGCUGGAGUACCUUGAGGUCGAGUGCGCAAAUGCCGUUAUGAGGGACAGGGUUCGCGUGGUGAUCGAGCGAGCCGUGGAAACAGUCGCAAGCAUGUGGACAGAGAGCCCCCCUUCGGCUAUUCUGACGAAUGGAGACGCAACCGAGUACGCACAAGAGGCACCGGUCCCUAAGGGUACGGAGAUUGAUGCCAAGGCAUGA